CGCCGACGGCCUUCCUCACCGCGUGCGCUCCUGCCACCGCCCCGCAGAAAUGCUCCGGCUACCCGCGGUCCUUCUCCAGGCCAGGCCAGUGUCCCGGGCCCUGGCCCCGCAGCUCACUCGGGCCUAUGCCAAAGAUGUGAAAUUCGGUGCGGACGCCCGCGCCCUCAUCGAGGGUGUAGACCUCCUGGCCGAUGCUGUCGCCAUUACAAUGGGGCCAAAGGGAAGAACAGUGAUUAUUGAACAGAGUUGGGGAAGUCCCAAGGUAACCAAAGAUGGUGUGACUGUUGCAAAGUCAAUUGAUUUAAAGGAUAAAUACAAGAAUAUUGGAGCUAAACUUGUUCAAGAUGUUGCCAACAAUACAAACGAAGAGGCCGGGGAUGGCACCACCACAGCGACAGUCCUAGCACGCUCUAUUGCCAAGGAAGGCUUUGAGAAGAUCAGCAAAGGCGCGAACCCCGUGGAAAUCAGGAGAGGUGUGAUGUUAGCUGUUGAUGCUGUGAUUGCUGAACUUAAGAAACAGUCCAAACCCGUGACAACCCCUGAAGAAAUUGCUCAGGUUGGUACAAUUUCUGCAAAUGGAGACAAAGAAAUUGGUAAUAUCAUAUCUGAUGCCAUGAAGAAGGUGGGCCGGAAGGGCGUCAUCACAGUGAAGGAUGGAAAAACCCUGAAUGAUGAAUUGGAAAUUAUUGAAGGCAUGAAGUUUGAUCGAGGAUAUAUUUCUCCAUACUUUAUUAACACAUCAAAAGGCCAGAAAUGUGAAUUUCAGGAUGCCUAUGUUCUACUGAGUGAGAAGAAAAUCUCUAGCGUCCAGUCCAUUGUACCUGCUCUUGAAAUUGCCAAUGCUCACCGGAAGCCCUUGGUCAUAAUUGCUGAGGACGUUGAUGGAGAAGCUUUCAGUACCCUGGUUUUGAACAGGCUCAAGGUUGGCCUUUAGGUUGUUUCUGUCAAAGCUCCAGGGUUUGGUGACAAUAGGAAGAACCAGCUGAAAGACAUGGCUAUUGCAACUGGUGGUGCAGUAUUUGGUGAAGAGGGUUUGACGCUAAAUUUUGAAGAUGUCCAGCCUCACGACUUAGGGAAAGUUGGAGAGGUUAUCGUAACUAAAGAUGAUGCCAUGCUUUUGAAAGGCAAAGGUGACAAAGCACAAAUUGAAAAACGUAUUCAAGAAAUCACUGAGCAGUUAGAAAUCACAACCAGUGAAUAUGAGAAAGAGAAACUGAAUGAGCGGCUGGCGAAGCUUUCAGAUGGAGUGGCCGUGCUGAAGGUUGGUGGGACAAGUGAUGUCGAGGUGAACGAGAAGAAAGACAGGAUUUGCUUCUUAGCAAAAGCUUUAUGA